CCCAUUCACACGUGUUGUUUUUCAGAGCAAGCUAGCGUUCGGUGUUCUCUAAAAUUUGAUUGCUAGCUACGUUUGUAUUGAAUAUUACGACUGGAAAACCUAACCCUAUUAAUAAUCACUCACAAAGACAGACAUGGGCAAGAAAUUAAAAGUAGGGAAAACUCGGAAAGACAAAUUCUAUCACUUAGCAAAGGAGACGGGUUACCGCUCCCGUUCGUCUUUCAAGCUCAUUCAGCUGAAUCGUAAAUUUCAGAUCCUGCAGAAAGCACGAGCUGUGGUGGACUUGUGUGCGGCGCCGGGCGGAUGGUUGCAGGUGGCUUCAAAGUUUAUGCCCGUCUCCAGUCUUAUCAUCGGUGUUGAUCUGGUACCAAUCAAGCCCAUCCCCAACGUGGUCACCCUCCAGGAGGACAUCACUACAGAAAAGUGCCGACAGGCCCUGAAAAAGGAGCUGCAGACCUGGAAGGUGGACGUUGUUCUGAACGACGGUGCUCCCAACGUAGGAGCCAACUGGCAGCAUGACGCCUUCACCCAGGCUCACCUCACGCUCAUGGCGCUCAAGCUGGCCUGCGAGUUCCUGGCCAAGGGCGGGAGCUUCAUCACCAAGGUCUUCCGCUCCAAGGACUACCAGCCGCUGCUCUGGAUCUUCCAGCAGUUCUUCCGCAAGGUGCAGGCCACCAAGCCCCAGGCCUCGCGUAACGAGUCGGCCGAGAUCUUCGUCAUCUGCCAGGGCUUCCUCGCUCCUGACAAAAUCGACAACAAGUUCUUUGAUCCCAAACACGCCUUCAAAGAGGUGGAGGUCCAAGCCAAGACGGUCAAGGAGCUGGUGCCUGUGAAGAAACCGAAGGCGGAGGGCUACGCGGACGGCGACCUCACUCUGUACCACACCUUCACGGUGACCGAGUUUCUCAAGGCCGAGAACCCCGUGGACUUCCUGGGCAAGGCCAACGAGAUUUCCUUCGACAACCCCACGCUGAGAACCCAUCCCGCCACCUCUCCGGAGAUCCAGGAGUGCUGCCGGGACAUCAAGGUCCUCGGACGCAAGGAGCUCCGCCUCCUGCUGGCCUGGAGGGGAAAGCUACGGAGGUUCCUGACCAGGAAGCUGAAGGACGAGGCCAAGCAACUGGACCAGGACAUCCGCUUGAGCUCCAGUGAAGGAGAGAGCGAUACGGAGAAGGAGAGCAAGAAAAAGAGAUCUGACAAGGAGGAGCCAGAGGAGGACGACGAAGAGGAGAUGGACAGGAAGUUGGCAGAGAUUAAAGCCCAGGAGGUGGCAGAGCUACGGAGGAAGAAGAAGAAGCUUCUGAAGGAACGGCGGAAGCAGAGGGAGCGAAUCGAGCUGAAGAUGGACCUGCCCGGCGUCUCCAUCGCCGACGGCACCGACUCCUCCAUGUUCUCUCUCGGCACCAUCAACAAAGCCAAGGCUCUGUGGGAGAUUUCGCGGGGGGACAUGAAAGGGGCGGACGCCAUGUUGAAGGAGGAAGAGGAGGGUGAGGAUGACGUGUACCUGUCGGACGACGAGAUCGACCGCAUUUCCUUGGCCUCUGACUUGGACUCAGACGACCUGCAGGAAAUCGAGGAGAAGGAGAAAACCCUGGAGAAGACGGCACAAAAGAAAAAGGUGUCCUUCAGCGUAGAGGACGAAGAGGAGGAGGAGGACGAAGGAGAGAGGAACGAGCUGCUGGUGGAGCUGGAGGGAAAGGAGGAGAAGAGAGAUCGAGAAACCAGCCUGUGGUUCAGCAAGGACAUCUUCUCUGAGCUGGACCUGGACGCCGACGCAGAGUCUGAGGUUCGGCAGGCGCAGAGGCUGCAGAACAGGGAGGUCACCGGGGGGAAAGGCAGAAAGAGGAAGGCCCAGGAGGAACCCGCACCUGCUGAACAGGAAGAGGAAGAGGAAGAGGCGGGGCCAUCCCAGGAAGUGGAGGAGAAGCCUGGGGAGCAGGAGGGCGAAAGCGAUUCAGAUGAUGACAGCAGCAGCGAUGAUGAGAGGGAAAUUGCCCAGAUGAAGAAGGGCGCAGGGAGGACUGGUGGCGGAGGGGGCGGAGCCGACGAUGACGACUUCCAUGUGGUUCCUGUGGAAAGCACCAGUAAACGUGCUCGGAUUCUGGACCCGGAAGGGCUGGCUCUGGGUUGCCAGAUUGCCACCUCUAAGAAAAAGACGAGAGACCUGGUUGAUGGCUCCUUCCACAGGUUCACCGGCUCGGAGGACUACACUGAGGUGCCGGAGUGGUUUGUGGAUGACGAGAGGAAGCACAGGCGGAAGCCGGUGCCCGUAACCAAGGAGAUGGUGGAGGAGUACAAGCAGCGCUGGAAGGAGAUCAACGCCCGGCCAAUCAAACGCGUGGCUGAGGCCAAGGCCCGCAAGAAGAGAAGGCUGCUGAAGAAGAUGGAGCAGGCGAAGAAGAAGGCGGAGGCAGUGGUGAACACGGUGGACAUCUCAGAGAGAGAGAGGAUGGCCCAGCUCAAGAGCAUCUACAAGAAGGCGGGCGUGGGCAAGGAGAAGCGGGAGGUGACCUACGUGGUGGCCAAGAAGGGGGCGGGGCGCAAGGUGCGGCGCCCGGCGGGGGUGAAGGGCGUGUUCCGCGUGGUGGACGGGAGGAUGAAGAAGGACAUGAGGGGUCUGCAGAGGAAGGAGCAGAAGCAGGGGGGCAAGGGGGGUAAAGGGGGAAAAGGAGGGAAGGGCGGGAAGGGAGCAAGAGGAGGGAAAGGGAUGAAGGGAGGGCGGGGGAUGAAAGGAGGCAAGGGGCGCCCCAAAAAAUAAUAACCUCCCACGACCCCUAAUGACCCCCUACCAGCCCCCACACCCCCUCCCCAUGAAAGAUGGUCCCCUGGGCUACAGGACUUUGUAGCUGACUUUUGGCGAUGUGAUUGAGCGUGCUGAGACUGGAGGAUUGUGGGUACCCACAAUUCUGCAGGGGCUUCACUCCGAGACCUCUGCCAUCACACACUGAGGGGCGUCAGCAUGUCCCGCUGUUUGGGAAGCUGCAGCCCAAAUUAAUUAUGGCAGUUUAUGGACUUGCCUUGUAAUUUAGGGAGGUUGAAGCCCCGAGAUCACCAUUCUCCCCUGACUGAGUCCUGCACUAAGGCCUUCACCCACCACGUCUCUGUAAUGAAGUCGUUGCUCCUGCUGUAUUUAACAAAUGACUUUGUACAGUCUAGUCUGUAAAGUCAGGUAAAUAAAUCCGCAUACAUGCUCCCUGUAUGAGUACAGCGUGCCUUCAAGUGUCUCUGUAAAUACUUUAAGUCUUUGCAUCGGAAUCAAUAAAAUUCUCUUUUCAAUAAGU